AUGGAGUCGUACCUGGGGCGGCUCGGACUGUUGGUUUUGAUACUGGCUGGGUUGAGUUGGAAGACAGCUCAAGCGGGGUUAUUCGAACCUCCCGUAUGUCUGGAGAUGAGAUGGGGGAAGGGGAAGGCUCUGCUGGAGGAGGAUGGGGAUCGAGUUUCAGCCUCGACGACAACAGUCACUGCGUCGACGACUUCCUCUGGCUCUGAUAGCAGCCCAACUGGAACGGGAGCUACGGAUCAUGAGCUGGAUACAGAGUCACCUCUUGAUAAUUCAAAUUUCCUUUCCUUUGAGGAUUGGAAGAAGCAGAAUCUGGCCAGGGUAGGCCAGUCGGCCGAGAAUGUUGGCCGGCAUAGACAAGGAGUUGCAGGAGAACAAGAGAAUCGACGGAGACCGACCGGGAUCAAUAAUGCUCUCGAUUCACUGGGGGAGGAUGCGGAGAUUGAAUUGGAUUUCGCUGGAUUUGGCGCCGAGGCGCCGGAAAGUGCCGCAUGGGGAACGAAACCGUCCAGCGACGGAGAAGCGACGACUGGCCAUGUCUAUCAAGGUACAGUUGGCGAUGCUGAGGCUGAAGGAGUGUCGCGCAGAGGAACUGCACGAAGGAAAGAUGCUGGCACGACCUGUAAAGAGAGGUUCAACUACGCUUCUUUCGACUGCGCUGCUACUGUCUUAAAGACGAACCCGCAAUGUACGGGGUCAUCCUCCGUGCUUAUUGAGAACAAGGAUAGCUAUAUGCUGAACGAGUGCCGAGCGAAGGAUAAGUUUCUCAUACUGGAAUUGUGCGACGAUAUCCUAGUUGAUACUAUUGUCCUUGCAAACUAUGAGUUCUUCAGUUCGAUAUUCCGCACCUUCAGGGUCAGUGUCUCUGAUCGCUAUCCGGCCAAAGAGUGGAAGGAACUAGGUGUCUACGAGGCUCGGAAUACACGCGAGAUCCAGGCGUUUGCAGUGGAGAACCCGCUUAUCUGGGCGCGGUAUGUCAAGAUCGAGUUCUUGACGCACUACGGAAACGAGUUCUACUGCCCGGUUAGUUUGGUCAGGGUUCACGGCACCACCAUGUUGGAAGAGUAUAAACAUGAAGGCGACAUAGGCCGUGGAGAGGAAGAGGUGGUUGAUCUGGCCAUAGAGCAAGCUGAGGAGCCUGGAGUUGUCCAACCGACGGAGCCAGAUGAUGGUGCAGCAGUCAAUGAGCCUACGCCAUCCGUGGGGAAUAUAACUGAUGCAGCGACCUCGCACAAUGGCACUAAUUCCGGGAUGUGCCCGUUGGAAAAGACAGAAUCCGUGUUGAGUUUCCUAGUGGAAGUCACUGACGUCUGUACCAUAGACGAGGCUCCUCUGCCUUCUGGAAGAGCUGAGGAUGUGACUCAGGCUUCUACCAGCAUUACCAAUGGCACUUCGACCUCAACAGACACAACCAACAGCACGGUAUUCGUGGAUGACGCCUCAGGGGAAGCUAGCGAAAUCCAGAAAAGGACUGAUAAGCCGGGGCCCAGUCCUGCUAGCUUUUCGAGUUGGUCGACUCAAACAGACAGAAGUGAACAGGAUGUCCAAACGGAAACCGAUAGCAGACCGACAGUGACAGCGACAAAAGAAGAGCAGAGUGUGCCUCCAGAGCCGGUGAAAGCUACUGUUCCACAGCCACCAGCUGCAAACCCGACCACCCAAGAGUCCUUUUUCAAGUCUGUCAACAAACGGCUGCAAAUGCUGGAGUCGAAUUCCUCUCUUUCUCUCCUCUACAUCGAAGAGCAAUCUCGUAUACUGCGGGAUGCAUUCAACAAGGUCGAGAAACGCCAGUUGGCCAAGACGACGACAUUUCUCGAGAAUCUUAACACGACUGUCCUCAACGAACUGAAGGAGUUCCGUGACCAGUACGAUCACGUAUGGAGGUCGGUUGCUGUCCAGUUCGAACACCAGCGCAUUCAGUAUCAUCAGGAGAUUCAGUCGAUGGCUUCGCAGCUGGGAGUCUUGGCAGAUGAGAUUGUGUUCCAGAAGCGGAUAUCUGUCAUACAGAGCAUCUUCGUUUUGAUAUGUUUCGGCCUGGUGCUUUUCUCGCGGAAUGCAGUGGGAAGCUACAUGGAAUUCCCCAGCGUGCAGAAUAUGGUGCGAUCGCGAUCGUACAGUCUGCGGUCCUCUUCCCCUUCCUUCGCGUCGCCUUCUGCGAGCCCGACAUCUACCAGGUCUCCGUCUUCUUAUGAUCGGAAAGCCCGUCACAGGAGGAACAUCUCUGAGGACUCUCAGGACUCUCAAAGUGGUCCUAUCAGCCCAACUAUUGCCUAUUCUCCUCCUACACCAUCCUCGGACACAGGAAGCCCAUCUGACGGAGAUGACAAGAUGCGGCUGACGCCUGAGUCCUCUCGGGUCCCUACUCCGGAUCCGCCUACUUUCCGGCCGGGUAGCAGUCCGCCUACAUUGAGUGGACGCCCGCACGAUGGAACCUACGUGUCACCGUCAGACGGUAUCCAGAGCCCUUGCACAAAGAAGCUGAGUGAUCUGAAGGGAAAGCGGUUCAAGAAAUCCCGCCUAUCGCGCUGCCCUUUGUCAGUCGAAGAAUUCGUCGAGAAAGAAUGCAUCCCCGCCGAAGCCGUGUUUCGGGAACAACUGGGUGAAGGCCAGCAGCGCUGGACGACCAACCCAGCCAUCAUGGAGGAGUUGAAGGAAAAGGCGCGCAAGCUGGGCUUGUGGAAUAUGUUCCUGCCCAAGAACCAUUUCAGCCAGGGUGCGGGAUUCUCGAAUCUCGAGUAUGGUUUGAUGGCGGAGUAUUUGGGGAAGAGUACCGUUGCGCCGGAGGCCACGAAUAAUGCCGCCCCUGAUACUGGUAAUAUGGAAGUUCUGGCCAAGUACGGAAACGACACUCAGAAGCAGCAGUGGCUGGCUCCUCUGCUGGAUGGCAAGAUUCGCUCUGCGUUCCUGAUGACAGAGCCGGAUAUCGCCUCGAGUGACGCUACCAAUAUCCAGUUCAAUAUCCGUCGUGAAGGAAACGAAUACCUUCUCAAUGGCUCGAAAUGGUGGUCCUCCGGAGCCGGCGACCCUCGAUGCAAACUCUACAUCGUCAUGGGCAAGACAGACGCUUCCAACCCAGACAAAUACAAGCAACAAUCCGUCAUCCUCGUCCCAUCCAACACCCCCGGCAUCACCAUCCACCGCAUGCUCAACGUCUACGGCUACGACGACGCCCCUCACGGCCACGGCCACAUCUCAUUCAAGAACGUCCGCGUGCCCAUCUCGAACAUCGUCCUCGGCGAAGGCCGCGGGUUCGAAAUCAUCCAGGGCCGUCUCGGUCCCGGCCGCAUUCACCACGCCAUGCGCACCAUCGGCGCCGCAGAGCGCGCCAUCGAAUGGCUCAUCGCUCGCGUCAACGACGAGCGCAAGAAAACCUUCGGACAGCCCCUAUCCUCCCACGGCGUCAUUCUCGAAUGGAUCGCUAAAUCCCGUCUCGAAAUCGACGCCGCGCGUCUCAUCGUCUUCAACGCCGCAAUCAAGAUCGAUAACGGCGACGCCAAAUCCGCCCUGAAGGAAAUCGCCCAGGCGAAAGUACUCGUUCCUCAGACCGCAUUGACCGUCAUCGAUCGCGCCGUCCAGGCCUUCGGUGCUGCCGGUGUCUCGCAGGAUACGCCACUGGCUUAUCUCUGGGCUUUGAUCCGAACGCUGCGUAUCGCCGAUGGUCCGGAUGAGGUGCAUCUGCAGCAGCUGGGUCGCAGGGAGAAUAAUUCCCGCAAACAGUUCGUCACUGCUAAGUUGAAGUGGCAGAAGGAGCAGUCGGAGCGGCUAUUGGCGGAAAAGGGAUUCAAGCCGAGGAUUAGCCAUCUGUGA